AUGGCGCCUCCUUCGGCGUGGUGCAUCUUCUUGAUUUUGUUGGAUAAUUUCACUGCGAAUCAAAAGUCUUGCCAGCAAGUCAUUCCUCUUCAAUCCUUAGCCAAACCUUACCGUCCCGGCUACCUUGUGACCUCCAUUCAACCGAGCAACAUCAAUAGUCCCCUGGCCCUUGCGUCAUCCAGAGAACAAAGCACGUACGACACAAAGGACGUCCGAGCGCCUUCCAUCUACUCUGGUAUAUCUCGACAACCCCGAACUCGGACACACAACACAUUCUCUUCCAUCCACAUCCCUGCCCAGCUUCCACCGAACAACAUGUCCAGCCCAACCAACAACUUCCUCUCCCUCAUUCCCACCGCCCAUCGUGUGGCUGUCAUUUCGGACCUGGCCUCGCCCGCCGACGACUCGCUCAUCCCUGCACUCCAGAAAACCCGCCGAUCCAGCUCUACCACCAGCACCGACUCGAACGCUGCCGAGGAACCUACCCUGCCUGUCACUGUCACCGACAAGACACCAGUCGCCUCGCCCCUUGACGAUGUCAAGGUCACCCAGUUCUUGAGGUUGGGCAACUAA